GCGCAAGUGUAGUCGCCGAAGUGGCGUUGACCUAGUUAGAAGCACGCGACUAGUCACACAUCUAGGACUGUUUAUGAAUCCGUCGGCCUGCAGGGUGCGACCAUGUGUUUUUGAGCUGCUUCAAUAACGCGACUCCUUCUAAAGAGCGGAACCGUAUGUAUGUGCUUGCCAAAAAUUAAUUUCCUCUCACAACCAUGCAUGUACGCACGUUCUUUGGUUUACUCUCCGUCUCGUGGACCAUGCUACGGGCCGAAGCAGACGACAGUUCGCAGAUCGCUUUGAGAUUUUCUCCCAUUGAAGCAGUUCGCGCCACUGGAGCGUACCUGGCGCUGGGAGAUGAACAAAAGUUGACAGUGCAUCGAAGACUGGCAGAAAUGGCCAGGGAGUGGUCAAGCUUAGCAGAACCCAGAAACUUUGAGCUUCUGAAGCAGAUGACUUCGCCGCGGUAUGCCGUAAUGGCAGCAGACGACAGUCUAGAGGCCGACAACGUCACAACCACCCCAGCAACUUCGCCCGUCACCAUGACAACCAGGGUUCCUCCAUCAAAGUGUGAAGAAGACGUGGGACUUGUAAUCGAGGGAUUGAUAGAGGAACAGUCCUGGGCAGUCGACAUGAUCGACGCUAUGGCGAAGCCACCUCCAGAUAUAAAGGGAGGAAGAACGUUUUGGCUUGGCGACUACGAUGAAUGUAUCGCCAUUACAGGCUAUAACGCUACAGCAAACUCCUCAAGUGGAGAGUCUUCGUUUAAGGGACGCUACUGCACUGCCAUCAUGCCGUUGCAGAUUACGGAUUUGCACCCUCCAAUCCCUGGUGCCCCGUCGACAGGCAUCCGGGUGGGACUCUGUGUCCCCGACAGCUGCAACGCAGUGGUAGUUACAGGCCUACUGAACGCUGUGUUACAGCGCGCAAACCUGUCCCUGUACGUCGGGCUGACCACGUGCCAAGAGGCGACCAUUGACUACGACGCCAAAGCGAUUGUGUCGCUGUUCAUUUGCUCAAUUUUCCUGCUACUGUUGCUGCUGGGGACAGCGUAUGACAUCGUCAUGGUGCAGUGGCCGCGCUGGCGGGAAGCCGAAGAAGACACAAAAGAAAAGCUCACGACCAGCAACAAUUACACCAUCAGCGACGGCAACCCGACCAUCGUCAACGUCACGCAAAGCGGCGAGAACCAGCCACUGCUGGAGAAAAAAAGAAACGACCCUUCGCAGCCUGCCACAGGCAAGUUGGGCAAGUUUCUACUGGCCUUCUCAGUUUACUCCAACAGUCUCAAGAUCCUGUCUACCACCCACGCAUCUGGCUCUCUUACCUGUGUCCACGGGAUUCGAUUCGCCAGCAUGACUUGGGUUAUCUUGGGGCACACCUUUGCUUUCGGACUGACAACUUCAGCAAACUACAUGACAUACAUGGCUAAAAGCAUGAAGCAAUGGACGUUUCAAGCAAUUAUUGGAGCCCCUGUCACCGUGGAUACCUUCUUUGUGCUCAGUGGGUUGUUGGUGACGUACCUGAUUCUGAAAGAAAUGGAGAGGCGAAAUGGCAGGGUGCAAUGGUUCCUGUUUUAUUUCCAUCGUUUCUGGAGGUUGACGCCGCCAUACAUGCUGGUUAUCAUGGUCUACGUCCCUCUGUUUCGAUAUCUGACUUCUGGACCCCUUUGGCCUCAAACGGGCAUAGAAAACAACGACUGCAGAAACAGUUGGUGGACUAACCUCCUGUACAUCAACAACUUCGUCCGUACCAGUGAAAUGUGUUUGACCUGGUCCUGGUACCUUUCCAACGACAUGCAGUUCUACGUCAUCAGUCCCCUCAUUUUUGUUCCCCUUUACUAUCGUCCGAGACUCGGUCUUCUGGUGGCCGCCACGUUUUUGUUGGCUACUGUCACCACGGCUGGUGUGAUUGCCCGUGUGAACUCCUUCCCGCCCUCCAUAGGGAUAUCUGAAGUGGACGCUGCGGCCAGUGCCAGCUACUUCUUCGACCUUUAUAUCAAGCCCUAUUGCCGGUUUGGUCCCUAUGUCGUGGGAAUGCUGACUGGAUACUUCUUGUUUAUCACAAAAUGUUCCGUUAGAAUUCCGCUGCUUCUUAAUCUGGCCGGGUGGGCCGUGGCGACUGCUGUGGGCCUGGCAGUCGUAUACGGUCUCUACGAUGCUUCAAAUGGACAUCCGCUGUCAGCCGAUGCUUCAGCAGCCUACAACGCCCUCAACCAUACUGUUUGGGGCUUGUGCGUGUGUUGGGUCAUCUUUGCCUGUGCUACGGGAAAUGGAGGUCCAGUAAAUACAAUUCUGUCCUGGAGAGCACUCAUCCCUCUGAGUCGACUGACCUACAUGGCAUACCUGGUGCAUCCAAUAAUCAUGGAACUAGUGUACCUGGGCAGUCCAUCUCUGUUCUACAUGUCUCACCUUAAUUGUGCCAUGGCGUUCCUAUCUUUUACUGUUGCAGCUUUCGGUGUGGCCUUCAUUCUGUCACUGGCCUUUGAAGCUCCCAUGAUGGGGUUGGAGAAGCUGAUUUUUUCAACACACAAAGACAAAUAACAUCCCCGACUAUUAUCAGCAUUUCUGGCAACUGACAUAGUCAACAAAUACAACAGUAUUUUAAAAACGAUUCAGCUCAUAUUGAAGUGUGUUAUUGAAAACACAGCCUUCUUCGGAACUUGCUCAGACCUGACUUAAUGUUUAUCAACCUAGAGAUGUGCGCGAGCCGGUGUGACAUGUAUAAUUUGAUAAAAUGCCUGCUCAGGAACUAGUAUGGCUGUCUCCAUUUAAACAUAUCAUCCCACUUCUGUGAGAAACAAUUUUUGUUCACUCUAUCAAUGAUUCCUUGGCUACCACAAUGUGAAGGGAAAACUGGGAUAAAUCUUAGCCCACAAACAGGACUGGAUCCAUUUUCAAACAACGUUAGCUAUUAUUGCACACAGAGAAGUUUUUCACUACUUGUUUCCAUCGAUUUAGUUGAAAUAUGUUACUUUGCUCUUAACAAAACAACCAUUAAAUAGAUAGCAUGCAAAAAAUGAUACCUCUCAAAGAGAUUAUCAUUUUUAACAAGAAUUUUCUGUCAAGCUACACUAUUAAUACAGGUGAAAGGAGGUAUUGGUAAUUCAAAUAAUUGCCAGUGUUUGUUGGCAUGUUGACAAAGUACUUUUAUAUGCAAAAAAACUCAUAUAUGCUAAGAAACCGAUUGCUGUUGAGAUAAUAAAUGUUUAUAACACAAUCAGAUAACAUCAACUAUGGGUUUCAAUCUUCAAAUUUUUGCAAAAUCUGUGGAUUGUAAAUAAGUACAUUGUAACACUCUCUCUUUUUUUUUUAUUUGAAGACAUGCUCCCAUACAAUAGUUAGGCUUCAAAGGGACUAAAGCAAGCUUGAUUUAUUGUUUGAGCCUUAUGUGUUUAUCCUACUGAUGAAUGUGGCUCAACAACUACUUGGAGACAGUUGAAAAUAAGGAAACAUAUUUUUGAUGCCAUAAACUGUUUUCCUUUUUGUUUAAAAUAAACACCACUUUAGAACAAAACAGAAUGGCAGUGCUGAUGAAGACGUACAGUUAAACUGUAUUAUAUGUACUAACAAAAGCAUAUUUCCCUGCAGAUGCCACCAUAAGCAAAGAAUUGUACACUUGCAAAUAUAUGUCAUUAUUAGAUAUUGAUUUAUUAAAUAUAAUGUUUGUUGACCUCAAAUACAUGUAAUUGCUCUUUGUAACUGCAGUUGUAUGUAACUGAAAAAUCAUGAUGUAAAUACAUGCACAUAUUUGCAUUUGCAGCUUAACAGAUGGAACAUGAUGUGAUAAAAUAUUCCAUGUAUCCUGCUGGUGCCAAUGGAAGUGGUAGUGAACAAAUGCAAUCACCUUGUGCCUUGUUAACUCAUUGUUGACCAAGUGUUUACUUAGAGAUUUUAUUUUUUUUAUCAUGAGCAAGAAGAAAUGAUAUUGUCUAUUUUUCUUAUCUUUCCAAGGAAGGUUUGAACUUUUUAAGCCAAAUGGCCAUUCACAUUUGUACAGACUGCUGCUUAGAUAGAUACUGGAGUUUAGGGAGUCACCAUGUGCUGGUCUUUGUAUCGAUGGCAAUUUUUAAUCACACUGCAGCAUAAGCUUCCAAAAGUGUGGAAUGAAUUUUUACCAAAUGCAAUAAAAAAAAGGAUUUUUUUAAAAAAGCCUUAACUGACAAAAAAAUGUAAUUUUUAUCAUUGCUUUGAAGGAGAUUUAGAGACUAUUUCAUAUUCCAUAUUUUAUCUUAUAUAUUUUAUAUUUAUAGCCUUUUUUUGGCAUGUGAACCACAGAACCCCUAGUCACAUGCAUUAUUAACACAAACUAAAAUAAAAUUUCCAUGAAACA